AUGGAGUUUCUGGUAGAUCAAGUUACAAGUGAAGUUGGAUACAAAAUGUUAAUAGAUGAUAUUUUUAUUAAUCAUUCUUUUAACAAAGAACAUUUUUUUGAAUUAAGAAAGAAAAAAGAUGCUUCUUUUGAAAGAAAAGAUGGUAAGUUAGCAGAACAGUCGAGUAGUGCUGGUCAAAGUGCUAUGAUAGACAAUAUUAUUACAGACCUUCAGGAAAUGGAAAUUAGUGGAAAGGAUAAUGUCGCUCCUUGGCAAGAAAUACUCAAUAGACGAGAACCUAUUACAAGGGCAGAAUUUCAUCGGGUUUGA